AUGAGCAGUCCAAGCCCCGGAAACGCGCUGGGGGAGGCUGUCGGCCGCUCCCAGGCACUCAUCAAUAAGUCUGGCGGAGCUUCGCUCUUGAUUUUGGUCCAAUUCCUCACCAAGUUCCUCACAUUCACCCUCAACCAGGUGCUUAUACGAUUCAUCUCGCCCAAGAUCUUCGGCAUUUCCACCUACUUGGAGUUCUUGGUGUCCACGGUCCUCUUUUUCAGUCGUGAGGGUGCCCGACUUUCUGUUCAAAGAACCGAAUCUGUCGACAGCGAGACCAAGACCCUGGGUGGAAAAUACACUCUAGACAACGCAACAGGUGUGAGUCAAAGUAUAGUCAAUUUUGGAUUCAUUCCUCUCAUUGUGGGGUUGCCCUUAUCAGUUGUAAUAUUUUACUGGCAGUAUAACAGCGGGAUCUUCCAAGAAUCGAUUCUUUCAUUGCCUCAUCACCAGAUUACAAUAGCAUUGAUCUGGAUAUCAAUAUUGAUUGAACUAAGUGCUGAGCCAAUAUAUGCCCUCAAUCAAUUUCGGUUGAAUUUUAAGACCAGAUCCAAAUUCGAAGGUUACGCCGUAUUCCUCCGGUGUGUGGUAACUGUUGGAGCAGUCUUGCUCUCCAAGAAAUCUAAUUCGUCUAACUUCGAUGGGUUUGCAGUAAUGGCGUUUGCAUUGGGUCAGUUUGCAUACUCCCUGACCUUAGCCAUUGCAUACCAUCUCAGUUUCAAAUCAGAGAAGCAAUUGAAGUUCUCCCUUCAAAAGAUAUACUCGGGGAAUGCAUACAUGUACUUCAAUAGCAAGAUCGUCAACGUGUGGAAGAGUCUAUUUAUUCAGAUGUUGUUCAAGCAGUUCUUGACAGAGGGANAUAAGCUCUUGAUCAAUUACUUGUGCACCGUUGAGGAGCAGGGGGUAUACUCGGUGGUGACCAACUAUGGUUCCAUGGCUGCGAGGUUGGUGUUCCAACCCAUAGAAGAGUCGGUCAGAUUGUUGUUCACAAGAUUGCUAUCAUCAUCCACCAAGCCUGGCCAGAAAGACAUCGGGGAUGCCUACGUUGUGAUGAGGAAUCUCAGUUUGUUCUAUCUUAAUUUGUCAAUACUUAUUAUCCUUGCUGGUGUUACUAAUGCCUCAUUCUUAUUGCAGAUACUCCUCGGAUCAAAAUCAACAAAAUGGGCUAACACCAAUAUUUUUGACAUUUUCCCAAGAUACAUCAUGUAUUUGCCAAUGUUGGCAUUCAAUGGCAUAUUUGAAGCAUUCUUCACCAGUAUUGCAACCACCAAGGAUAUCAAGGCAUUCUCUGUAUUCAUGACUUUCCUGAGCGUCGUUGUGCUAGUGAGCUCGUACGUGUUUAUUGACUACUUCGGACUUGGUUUGAGUGGUUUGAUUUUGUCAAAUGCAAUCAACAUGUUGAUGAGAAUUGGGUAUUCUUGUGUAUCUGUGAAAGCGUUCUUUGAGAAGAACCAUGUCCGUAUUCCUGCCACUAGAGUCUUUGUUUAUGCCUGCAAACCUAUUUCUGUGGGGGUUGUGUUCCAAUCUAUUUACGUGGUAACCACUGGAGUAUGGUACACCACUACCUUCAAGCAGUUUUUCCAGAGCUUUUUAAUCUGCGUUCUUUGCCUCGGCGGAUUGUGCUUCUUAGAAAGAGACCUUCUCGGCAAGCAAUUGGUGGGCAUCAAGCAGAAGAUCAAGAGGAAGAGUGCGUGA